AUGGCGACACAGUGGAGAGACAGCGAGGGCGAGAGCGCGGGACCAGGACUCUACGCCAACACGUUUGACAUGGCGGUCGAUUUCGAGGGCUACGCGUUGGCGCUGGGCCAGACGCGGCAGUGCCUCCUUGCGGCGGAGCGAGAACGGAAACGGAACAAGGAGGCUUGGGGGGCGCGGAGGGCGAGGCGGGUGUCGGGCGACUUUGUGCUGGGGUGGAUAUGGGCCUUGAUUGACCGUGUCGAUGGGUUUUACGGCAUCGAGGAGGAGGCCUGCUGGCUGGAGAGGCUGGAGAGGGCGAACAGGGAGAUUGAGGAGGUGUGGGAGGAGAACAGGAGCGUGGUCGAGGCCGCGGUGCCGAGGUAUUUGGACGGCGUUCCGGUGAGGAUGAUGAUGCGGCCGCCGGUUGCGAGGGGCCCUUUGAGAAGCGCGGCCCGGUGGAGGGAGCGAGCCAAGUCUUGCUUGCCAUGCGUGGCCAAGGGGCUGAGGUGUUCGCCGGCGUGGGAUCAUGGGGGCCGUUGUUCGCGCUGUGUGAGGCACGAGGAUGCUUGCUUGGUCGACGAGGAGGAGGAGACGAUGGCCAUGUCGAGGGCGAGUGCGGCUUCGAGAAACGUCACGUCGGUUGCUAAGCCUUGCUUUGCGCCGCCGUGGCCCGGGCACAGGGAGAUGGAGUCGGUGAUGGGACGGAUACUGGGCGACGGCGGCUUGGACAUGUGA